AUGGAGCAAAUGGCCAAGGGGAAACAGGUCAGGUCGCGUCGCUCACACCACAAAUCACGCAGAGGAUGCUUAAACUGCAAGAAACGGCACGUCAAGUGCGAUGAGAAUAGGCCAUUCUGCUCCAACUGCACCGACCGCGAUAUUAUAUGCAAGUUCUCUCGUCUCGAUACGGCUCCCAUAGAAGAAUCACCACCCUCCUCCAAUGCCGCUUCCUCGCAGGGGAAAAGGUAUCGGUUCCUUUCAGGUAAAUAUCAAGAGGGGACAUUGAGCCCUAACUCCGCAUCUUCGCCAACACGGGAACAGUCUCAAUCAUGCGUCACGUCGGUGGGAACACAAUGCAACUUCUCCCCAACACCCAGCUCCGGGGAAAUCUCAUUUGCUGACCUGCGCCUAUUUCAUCACUUCACCACUACGGCUUUCCAAACCAUCGUGGACCACGAGGAUGUACAUGAUGUUUGGCAGUAUCACGUUGUCCAAUGGAGCUUUUCAUUCCCGCCGAUAUUCCAUCUAAUUCUAGCUUUUUCCGCGCUUCAUCUUGCCCACGAACAACGUGAACUACGUGAUAAAUACAUCGGACAGGCGGAUGAUCAUUUUACUUCUGGGGUUCAGUCCGUUUCGGCAAUGCUGAGCCAGAUUAACGUCAAUACCUGCCAGCAGGUUUACAUCUCCGCCAUAUUGGUCUGCUUUGUGUAUUUCGGGCGGGGUCCCCGUCCGGGAGAGUUUCUGGUCUUCAAUAACAGGGGCUCGGUUGAAUCGCCGGUACCGCUGAAUGGAGUCAAACUCAUUCUACAACUGUACGGAGAGACCAUCAGCGGAAAUAUUCUCAAGCCUAAAAUCCGUCCCCCCCAACAUGGUAUUACGUCUUUAAUCCAGGAUGAAUUGUUGGAAUAUGCCACUCAUAUGCACACGGUGCAAGAUCUAGUUAAGCAGGAAACCAACGACAAGUCCCUUAUUGCUGUGUACAUGGCGGUGAUUCAGGACCUGCUGAUGGUAGCUACCGACAUCCACGAAGCACGGUCCGCCCAGAGUCCAGCCGUGGGGUUCACGCAAAUAUUAAUGGGCUGGCUCUUCCGGCUUCCUGAGAGAUUCAUGUGGUUAUUAGGACAGAAGGAUCAAAUGGCGCUUGUAAUUUUCGCUCAUUGGGUCCUGCUUUUGAAGUACAUGAGAUCUGUAUGGUUUAUGGUAGGCUGGGAUACGCAUGUCAUCUCUGGUAUUCGGACUUUUCUGCAUCCAACGUUUGAGCCAUGGAUUCAAUGGCCCGUGAGCCAAAUAUUCAAUAAUGAAUAA